AUGCCACGCAUCCGAACCGCCCUGAUCGGCCUCUCUUCAUCCGCCAAAACUUCCUGGGCCGAACAUGGCCACCUGCCCUACCUUCUCUCGCCACGCGGCCAAUCCCACUAUGAGAUCGUCGCCCUGCUCAAUUCCACUGCAGCUUCAGCACAAGCAGCAAAACACGAAUUCGGUCUGCCCGCAACAGUCAAGGCCUACGGCGAUGCCGCAUCUCUAGCUGCAGACCCGGACAUCGAUCUAGUGGUGUGCUGCACGCGAGUCGAUAUACACUACGACAAUACUGAGCCAUCUCUGAAAGCAGGGAAAGCAGUUUAUAUUGAGUGGCCCAUCGCAGAGAACUUUGCGCGGGCAGCCGCCCUAAUGGAGGGAAAGCAGUGGAGAAAUAGCAUCGCUGGCCUGCAGGGCCGGCUCUCGCCUGUUGCGUUCAGGGUCAAGACGCUUCUUCAGUCCGGGGAGAUCGGGAAGAUAUUGAGCAGCGAUAUUCACGCGUUUGCGGAUCUACUCAAACGCGAUUCUCUGCCGGAGGGACUCGCAUACUUUGCUCGAAGAGAGGUCGGAGGUAACCCCGUUACCAUUGCCUAUGCGCACAUGAUUGACUAUGUGCACACGGUGCUGGGAGAAUUUGAGGCCUUCGACAGCAGAAUGCAGAUCCAGCGGCCUGCCCUGAGACUUCUUGGAAAAGAAAAAGACGGUUUGCCAUCCCAGGUCGUGUCUGAUGUCCCCGAUCUCGUGGUCGUCCAUGGACGUCUGGCGCCCGGAAUCCAGGAUCUUGCCGAAAAUGCGACUCUAUCGGUGACAUUCCGCACUGGGCAGCCAUUCAAGGACAGUCCAGCGUUCGUGUGGACGAUUAAUGGUGAAACAGGGGAAAUUCGAAUCACGAGUCCCUCGUGGUCAUACUUACAAUCGGAUGCCUAUGUGGACCCGAUUCGGAUCGAGCUGCAUCGCUAUGGGGAGGAUGCCGUGGAGAAUAUCCAUUGGGACUGGGAGGAGUGGCAGAAGGAGGAACUGCCGAAACGGGCGAGGUUGGUUGGCGCUGUGUAUGAGAGGUAUGCGGCGUGGGUGGAGGGUGGGAGAGUGUCCCCGGUUUCUGACGAUGCAUACUGGCCGCGCAUUCAUGAUGGGCUGCGCAGACAUGAGGAGAUUGAGACGCUGUUUGAGCAAUUUGAUGCUCAGCAGCUUGUCUAG